GUAAUCAUCUGUUAGACACGUUCGAGCUUGUCAGGCUUGUUAUUCAUCUUCAUUUUGGAGUGCCUACAUGAGCACCAAAGGGUACUUCGCGUUUCCUCCUUCGAGCACAUCAAGACCAUUCCCCACACUCAUUCCCCCCUCUCCCGAUAUCAGAGAGGAAUUCGUUGACGACAGUGCACCUGGAAAACGGGACGAGACGCCGAGCAAGGAGCCGCGCGACAAUGAAGAGCUUACCAAUCGACUUCACAAGGAGCAGGAGCUCAUAGAGAAGAGCGAAAUAGAGUGGGUUCGAGGCGGCGGAGUUCUGCGCGAUGCACACGGGCGUCGCGAUAAAGCCCGUACGGAACGCAUACGCGCAGAGCUCAAGCUGCAAGAAGAAGAAAAACAAAAAAUAGCUAGAUGGAGGGACUACGAAGAGCGAUGGAAGGCGCUGGGAGCGUCAGAUAAGGCUCUUUCAUUCGCAGAUAUCCCAUGGCCGCUUCGGACAGCGCCGUCCUGCCAAAAUACCGAUACUUUCACGCCACCUGCGAUUUCAGAGUUUCUGUUCGAGUCCCUUUCUGUCCGGGCAAACACGGUCACGAGGAAGAGUCGGAUACGCAGUUCGAUCUUGCGGUGGCACCCUGACAAGAGUUCGCCGGUCAUUAGCAGGGUCGUGGCUGAAGACGUGGAUGCUGUUCGAGAAGGUAUUCAUACAGUGUUUCACUGUCUCAAAAGUCUACAGGAUAAUGAAAGGGACAAUAACGUGUAGCAAUACUACUUAGUGACAGUCGAUAAUGUCAUUUCCGUUCGCAAUGAGCCAGAGUGUACUUCAUGGCGCUCAGUUAGUAAGGUCCUUCUGUCGUGUCGGACCAACCAUCGGACUACUUAUAUAACAAGAAUAAGUAGCCAGGAAGUAGUAUACUGGACUUUGGUAGUAGGCCCGUUCAAGACUUGGAUCGAACUACGGCAAAAUCCAUACAGUACCACUGCAGCGCACAGUGCACCCUACAGAUACACGGCAUGCUGUAUCACAAUACAGUGGAUCUGUACUACU